ACUCAGGUCCUUAAGCUUGCGAGGCAGGAGGCCGAACCACUGAGCUAAAUCCCCGGCCCUCCACUUUAUCUAUUAGAGACCUACAUCAUCCCCAGAAGAAGAGUGCUUUAUGAAAUAUUCUAAGUUUUAUUCAUAGGUAAUCACAGAAAAUGAUUUUUAACGUAUAAGUUCCAUACCAAAAAAAGAAUAUAAACUUUUCAUGUAACCUCAUGCAUAUUGAAAAUACAGAUAAUUUUAAUUCCAUUGCAUUUUUCAGAAUUCUUAAUCAUAAUCCUCUGACAACUAUCGAAGAUUCAUCUCUUUUGAAAUUACCAGCAUUAAAAUAUCUAGACUUGGGACAAACUCACGUGUCAUUGACAGCACUUGAGAACAUCCUCACAUGGGCUCUGGAAUUAGAAACACUGAUCUUACCGAGCCAUCUGGUCUGCUGCCUCUGCCGAUUUAAAAAUGAAAUUGAGGUUGUCUUCAAGACAGUCAAGCUGCACUGUGAGAGGACGUGUCUGAUCAGUGCCACGCAGUGUCUGGGAGAAGCGUCCAUAGGGAACCCUGGAGGCACUUUCAUGAAGAUGUUACAAGCCCGGAAGAUGAGCACCAGCACCGAGCUGACUAUUGGCUCUGAAAAGUCAUCUUCAGAGAAAGGCGGUAUCGACUCCCCGGGCUUUAUGAAAGAGCAGCUCAUGGUAGAAGUUCCAGGAUAUGGCUAUAAGAACAAACUGAUCUUCACAAUAUCUGUGACAGGAGUAGCGAUGAUUUUGAUGAUAAUUUUCUGUCUCACUAAGGGCUUUUCCCAGCAUUGGCAUGGGAGAUGCAACACGGCACAUGAAAAUGAGGAGGGCGUCCCGGGGUUUGGUUUGCCACUUUGGCUUAGGGACAUGUACAGACCUAUCAGUGCCUCCCACGUAGAAAAGCUGGCGGCUGUGCUACAUGACAAGGACUCUUCUGAUAAAGAGGAGAUUUUCACAAGGGAUAUGCGGGAGCUCCAUGAAGUCACCACAAAGGCGGUGCCUACAGAGUUGGCCAUUGAGGAGGAAAGUUGGGCACUCAAGGAGGUGUCCACAGAGUGACCCCGAACUGCCUCAGGUGAUUGGCAAAUAUUAUUUUGGCAGUUUGUGGAAUAAUUAUUUCCUUACAUUAAAAUGUAUAACCCCUUCUAGCCAUGCAGUAAGAAAUUAAAAUACCAAUAAUUAAAUACGUGUGUGCACAUAGCUAAGGGCAUAGGCAAAAAAUAGUGGGAUUGCAGCUCGGAUCCUUCACAGUCAGUGUGACCUUCUCACCCUUGACAGCUAGGAUAAUCAGCUUCUGGAACCAAACACAUAUUCCUGGGUUUGCCAUUUAUAAUCUUUUGUCACUUAGCCCAACAUGGAAGCAUGAGGGUUGGAGAAUAGGCCAAUUCUUGGAAGUGGGCUCCACUGAGCUCAGCCAGGAGUCCUCUUCUCCUUUGAUCUCUAGGCAAGGGAGGUGUCCCUAUCUCCACAACAGUUGGGAACCCUGUGCCUGCUUCCAUUUAUACAACUUGCUAUUGGGUGUAUGGCCUUGUACCAAAGACUUUGGGGAUACUUUUACUAAAAACACUGACUCUUCACACGGGCCUGCCGCUGUCCAAUGUGAGCGACUAAAAGCAGGGUUACAAACUUGGUACCUCUGCCUUUGAGUCACUCUGUCUGGCAGUCCCCUUGGACUCUAGGGAUCACAGGUCUGAU